AUGGCUAACUUGUAUGGCUUGUUUAAUUUGUUGGCAGUAUCCCUCUCCUUAGAUAUCAUAAGUGAUUCCCAUGGAAGGAGUCGUUUGAUGGAGAUUGAGAGGGGCAAACCGAAGCGGCAGAACAGCGAAACGAAGGCGAGAGCAUGCUUGCUGGCUUCAAGUAGCAGCGGCAGCAGUCAGUCUUUGCAAAGUGACGAUGAACUAGUCAAGAUGGCCACAGGUGUUUUUAACGUGGCAGAUGUUGGCAGGGUGGUCGACAGUAGUCAGCAGCAAAUUCAAGUCACAACAUCCACAGCAGCAACUUCAACAUCGUCAGCAGCAGCAGCAGCUUCAACAUCGUCAGCAGUAGCUUCAACGUCGUCAGCAGCUCGAGUUUCUCCUCUCGUGUGGCUCAAACAAUGCGUACCAUCUUUGGUGGUGUCUUCUUUGAAUUAUGAUCAAAAUGCAUUCGGCCACAGGAUGUUCAGCGAGGACUCGCCACCAAGGCACACAGACCACCAGAAGCUACUCAGCAGAUCAUCGAAGCAGGCUUCUAAGCGCAAGAAAAACAGACGCACAGGUUCACCCGACCUCGGUGGCCGGGUCAACAGCGAAGAAUACGACGACAAUGUUUCGAGUGACGACGACGACCACAUCCAUUCGGCUUCCACUUCUGCAACCGCUGCUGUUGCUGCUACUACUAUUGUUGACUUUGGUGGUGCUGAUGGUGACAGUGUGAGAAAUAUAAAUCGUGAUGACACGAGUCGUAGAGCAGCGAACGAGUUGGAAGUUGGCAGCGACGAUAACAAUGACCCCACGAACUCUCUGCCUCGACGAGGAAGAAGGCAGGCGAUCUUCGAUACAAAGAGUUUAGGCAUGGAGGGACUUGACCUUUCACCUUCGACCUCGUGUGACGAAAGCGACAACAUGUAA